AAGCUUGCCUUUCCGACUCUAACUCGCUCAGUCGGUCUUAUUCUUGCUGGCAUUGCGUGGGGUGUGCAAUGUUGGCUUCCUGCUCACGAAAUGUUGUGAAAGGAAGUCUACGGACGCCAUGUAUCAUUGAACGGAAUGUGCCUGCAGUAGCAUAUCUCCAAGGUCGCGGUCAACAACAUGCCAGAACGGCAACCCGAUUCCGCUCGAGAGACUCUCAGAAUCCUUACUUCAUCUCCAAGAAGGACAGUGACAUAGAGACUCGCCGUCCCGAACGUAUGGUCUCUCGACCCGCUGCAGCCUCACCAACUGCCAAAGCAAACCUCGAGCUAGGACGAUUGUGCGACAGGAAAAGGACAAUCUCUGUCUUUCGAUUAUGCCAGGAGAUGAAGGUAGCCGGGAUAAGACCGGACAAUAUCACUUACGACCAUCUACUUUCGCUGUGCGCUACCAUACAGGCACCAAUAGAAGCAUGGGCGAUAUUCGAGGACAUGCGGGCAAUGGGCAUUUAUCCGGAACGUGAAGUGUUCCACUAUCUUAUUCGUGCCGCCUUCACGCGGGAUAUCAAGGAUACAUGGAUCAUCCUAGACCUGAUGGAGCAAUAUGACAUCCCACCAAACAACAAGACAUAUGAACUCAUAAUCUCUAGGAUGUGCGAAGCGGACAACUUGGAAUCUGCAUUGCAACAACUAGCUGAAAUGAACAAACUUGGCCUUUCGCCAACACUUCAGACUGCAGAGGCAAUCAUUCGGCUCGCCUGCAAACUUGAUUCUCCUCGAUUAGCCCUUGACCUUGCAGACGCAUUCGAGGAGACCGCUGUUCGACGGUUGGAUGGGGUAGUUUGGAUGGAAUGUCUCAGCGCUUCGGCAGACGCUCUCUAUGCUGACGGCGUCACAAGAUGUUGGCAGAAGGUCGUCAAUGACCUGAAUAUGUUGCCCGAUGAAGGUUGCUGCAUCGCCGUCUUGCAUACGGUUGCACGACACAAACUUACCUCCCUUGGAAUGGACGUGUUCCGCGUUCUCCAGUCUAUCGGUGUCGCAUGGGAGGAAUACCAUUUUGUACCUCUCAUUGAAUGUUUUGCUGGAGCUGGCCUCCUCAAGGAAGCUUUCGCCCUGCUUGAACUCAUGCGUACCAACGGCAUUGAACCUCUCCCCGAGUCUGGCAUCCCCAUAUUCAAAGUUAUUGCCCAAAGUGUUGAGGCGCUUGACGAGGCCUGGGCCCUUCUCGAGGACUUACAUGCGGGUGGCAAGCCUGUCGAUGUUAUUGCUCUGAAUACCGCCAUUCAUGCGGCAGCGUCCCUUGGCGACCUUCAACGUGCUAUUGGAAUCUACAAGGUCUUCCCCGACUUUGGCGUCAAGCCUACAGUGGAUACCUACAACUGGCUUCUUUCGGGAUGUAUCGCCGUCCGACAUCGCGAGCUGGGCGAUCGUCUCUUGAGUGAUAUGCGGGAGGCAAAUAUUGAACCGAACGAGGUGACAUACGAGCGUUUGAUCAUCCUCUGCGCUACCCAGACGACAUACGAAGACGCAUUCUUCUAUCUUGAAGAGAUGAAGACCGCCGGAUUCAAGCCUCCCCUUACUGUCUACGAAGCUAUCAUUCGCAAGUGUGUUAGCAACGGCGACUCGAGAUACAAGUUGGCUGUAGAUGAGAUGUUGGAGCAGGGCUACCAUAUGCUAUCCAGGCUUAACUCCUUCAUUGCUAGUGGGGGUGAGCAUGACAAUAAAGACCGAUCUAAUAAGUCGGAGGAACGGAGGAGGCUGGAGCACGGUGAAUUUUUAUGAAGCAGUCUAGACCCAAAAUUUAUGAUAUAUAGCCUGCCUCACUAAUUUCCAUGCUUGAUUUUCCUUCGCCCAGGUCGUUUUGUAAUAUGCUUCAUCCACUUCGACAACUGAGCCGUGGAGUAGCUCGUUGACAGACUUUCCCCACUGUUUGCCUAUUUUUCCCGCGGUGAAACGACUUAACAGACAUGCCGUCUUCAGUCUCUUUCGCAGGCCUCAAGGAAGCAAGAUAGCCUUGAGUUCAGGUUUUAUCAUGGUCACCGUUCGAUUGUUUGUGUAUGUUAUGCUGGAGCCUCCACUAACAAUAUUUCUCAGUUUGCUAUAUCAUCCUAGUCCACGUCAACGUAUUCCCAUCCAUGCAGUGCGACUUGGAAUGCGUAGACAACGUUGUCUGGUUUCUCUGAACUCAGUCCUAGCGCCAUGUCCACGUCAUCUUCGUGAAGCAACACUGUUCGUUGACCGUAGCUGCGAUCGACGCCCCCUCAAAGAUCGAAGAGUCAAACCACACAGCCUUAGACAAUGCUACGCCAGGCAAUCUUCUCAAUGAAGGGCUGUAUUCCGU